UCCACUCAACUACCAUUUUUAUUUUUAUUUUCAAAAACUCCCCUAAAAAAGAAACCCUAAUUUCUCUGUUUCUUUUUAUUUUAUUUAUAUAAGUAGAAGAAGAAGUGGAACCUUUCCCGGUUGCUGAUAGUAGAUUUCGUGCUUCCGUCUCCGAUCGGUUUUACCGCACAAAGUCGGCUGUGCGGUUUAAUUUGGAAGCCUACUUUGUUGAUUUUCUGUUUUUGUUUUUAGUUCGAUUAUGUCUGCUGAUACCAUGAUGAGCAUUCCUAAUGGAAACAGCAAUGGAAAUGGCAAUGUCCAACCUGAGCCACGGCGAACUUACCAGACCGUUGUGGCUGCGACUAAAGAUUGGGGUAUUGGUAAGGAUGGGAAGUUGCCUUGGAAGUUGCCUUCUGAUCUCAAAUUCUUCAAAGAUGUCACUCUGACUACAUCAGACUCUGGGAAAAAGAAUGCAGUCAUAAUGGGUAGAAAAACAUGGGAAAGUAUUCCCCUACAAUAUCGGCCUCUUCCAGGUCGUCUUAAUGUUGUUCUGACUCGUUCUGGAAGUUUUGAUAUUGCAACCGCUGAGAAUGUUGUUAUAUGUGGAAGCAUGACAUCUGCUUUGGAAUUAUUAGCUGCUUCUCCUUAUUGUCUUUCAAUCGAGAAAGUGUUUGUAAUAGGUGGUGGCCAGAUAUUUAGGGAAUCCCUUAACGCAGCUGGAUGUGAUGCUAUUCAUAUUACAGAAAUUGAGACGAGCAUUGAAUGUGACACUUUUAUGCCUGCCAUUGAUUCGUCUGUAUUCCAGCCUUGGUACUCGUCAUUUCCUGUGGUGGAAAACAACAUUCGGUAUUGCUUCACAACGUAUGUUCGUGUGAGAACCUCUGCAGUUGAGCAUUUCAGCCAGGACUGCGAUCAGGUCCUUGAUAAUAAACUAGAUUCCUCUAAGUUUGAGAUUCAGAAUUUCUCUUUCCUGCCCAAGAUGAUUUUUGAGAAACAUGAGGAGUACUUGUACCUAAAUAUGAUUCAAGAUAUCAUAUCUGAGGGUAAUCUGAAGGGUGACAGGACCGGGACCGGUACUUUAUCAAAGUUUGGUUGCCAGAUGCGAUUCAACCUGCGAAAGACUUUUCCGCUUCUGACAACUAAGAAAGUAUUCUGGCGGGGUGUUGUUGAAGAGCUGCUCUGGUUCAUCAGUGGCUCAACCAAUGCCAAGGUCCUUCAAGAAAAGGGCAUUCAUAUAUGGGACGGUAAUGCGUCCAGGGAGUUUCUUGACAGUAUCGGGUUGACUGAUAGGGAGGAGGGUGACUUGGGACCUGUGUAUGGGUUCCAAUGGAGACAUUUUGGUGCCAGGUAUACUGACAUGCAUGCUGACUACACCGGACAAGGAUUUGAUCAGUUGUUGGAUGUAAUUGACAAGAUUAAGAAUAAUCCAAAUGAUAGAAGGAUUAUACUCUCAGCCUGGAAUCCUUCUGAUCUCAAACUGAUGGCACUUCCACCUUGCCACAUGUUUGCUCAGUUCUAUGUAGCAAAUGGGGAGUUAUCAUGUCAAAUGUAUCAGCGCUCUUGUGACAUGGGCUUGGGUGUGCCAUUUAAUAUUGCCUCUUAUGCUCUUCUGACUUGCAUGAUUGCUCACGUUUGUGAUCUUGUUCCAGGUGAUUUCGUCCACGUGCUUGGUGAUACUCAUGUUUAUAGCACUCAUGUCAGGCCCCUGCAAGAGCAGCUUCAGAAACUGCCAAAGCCUUUUCCGAUUUUGAAGAUCAAUCCCGAGAAAAACAAUAUAGAUUCCUUUGUGGCUUCUGAUUUCAAACUCAUAGGCUAUGAUCCUCACAAGAAAAUAGAGAUGACAAUGGCUGUAUAGAGCUCUAUUUUAGGUUCUGUAAACCCAGAGUCUCCAGUGGAAUUUUGGACAGCAUCUUCUCAGUUUUAAGGGCCAGUUACUGGAGGCUUAUGGUGAUGUAAUGACUUAUACCGAUAGCAAAAUAAAAAAAAAGGAGCUUUGCUAGUUGGAUACAAUUUGAAGAUGAUAUGUAGCGAGAAUCCUUUAGUUCCACAUCGUUGUUGGGUGGUUCUAAGGUGAUUUAGGAUACUGUAUUUUCUUGUCCUGCAAGUUUAUGUUUUAUCAUUUUUUUUGAGGUUUCAUGUCACAUGAACCAAUCACUUUCUCUGAAUUUGCCUUAACACAUUCUUGAAAUAGACUCUGGGAUUUGAAAGACCAAAAUGAAAGUGCUUUAUUAUUUA